AUGCCAUUAUGCGAUCUUUGCCAGUCGGUCGACGUCCUCGACAUCCCUAAGCUGCCACCCGAUUACAGAAUCCAUACUGUCACUCGACGCGACUACCCGUGUCUAGUCCAAAUCAGUAGCCAACCUCUCAGGGACCUCUGGAAGAACAAGCAAGACUGUCCAAAAGAUCAAGAACCCAUCGGCAUACCCUUCCACCAAUCCAUCGAAGACCUCGAAAACGCCGCUGCCGAUGACUGCGCAAUCUGCAAGACUGUACAGCGCGAUGUCGCGCAGUUUCAAUCCGAGUUCAGUGGGGCGAAGAAAGAACCUGGAAUUCGUGCCGAGCGUGGCGGAGGACCGGAUUGGAAGAUGUGUCUGGUUAGGGGUGUGAAUGAUACCGGAGGUUUCAUGGUGGUGUCGGUCGAUACAAAGUAUUGGUGUCAGGUUUGGGUGGUUGCUGCUGUGGGGUUGUGUGCUGAUUACGGCGAUCCGUUAGCCGCUGUCGUUCGAGGUCGCAAGACGCUCUCCUCGUCGCCGCAUACACUUGCACAUGCCCUAAACUGGGUACGCGAUUGCGACAAACAACGGACGGAUCGGCGCUGUCAUGUCGAUAUGGCACCUCUUCCAGCUCGUGUCUUGGAUAUACGAGACUCGACGCCGCACAGAGUAGCGCUUUAUGAGCCCAUGGAAGGAGAACUAGGACGGUAUGCAGCACUGAGUUAUGUCUGGGGCAAGUCAAGCCCGUUCGCAACCACACGUGCCAAUAUCGAAGCCAACAAGAGGGGUAUCGAUACCGACCAGCUCCCAAAGACGUUUCAGGACGCCAUCCUCAUAGCCAGAGAAAUGGGAAUCGGAUAUCUAUGGAUCGACUCCCUCUGUAUCUGCCAAGACGACUCAGAAGACUGGUCGCGCGAAACAUCGCGCAUGGCCUCCGUCUACUCAAACGCCUACAUCAUGCUCUCUGCAACCGGUUCUCCCUCCUCCACGUCCGGGUUAUCCAUAUUCUCUCCCAACCGUCCAGCACCCAUAUACUCCCCUUUCGAAUACACAACCACAGACGGUAUCAAAGGAACUCUGCACGCCUUCUCCUCUUCUCGCGAAACAGCCGCAAAGCCCUCCUGGGCCGGAAACAACGCAAUGCUAAAGACGGAACCACUCAGCCAACGCGGCUGGGCGUUACAAGAACGCUGGCUCGCACCGCGAGUACUACAUUUCGGCACGGAGCAGAUGUUCUUCGAGUGCUACUGUUCUUUCCUCAGCGAGCACGGUUUCUACCUGCCCGGGCGAUUCGAUACUCUUUUCCCAACUACAUCCCAUACAUUCCCAUCCCACACCCACCCUUCCUCUGCGGAUAAACCUAUCCCAGACAACCCCACGCAUCAAUGGCAUGCAGUCCUCGACGCCUACUCCCGCCGUUCUCUAACCAAACCUUCGGAUAAACUAACCGCCCUCUCCGGCCUCGCACGCACUUACGCUUCCCUGCUGCCUUCUCCGACCACCUACCUCGCGGGACACUGGUCCCCAACCCUCCUUCACGAUCUCAUCUGGCAAGCCGUCGGCACGACAACCGCACCAGCAGUAUACCGCGCACCAAGCUGGUCCUGGGCCGCCAUCGACGGGCCGUUCGGCCUCUUCAGCCCGAACUCUGGCAUAGGAUGGGACAAGGGGGAAUGGACGGCUUUAGCCAAGAUCCACGCUACGAGUGUUACAUUGAAGAGCGCCCAAAAUCCUUUCGGCGAGGUAACAGACGGACUCAUACGGAAAGGGCGAGGGGAAGGGAGUUGUGGGCUGCGAUACUGUGGAGGCAUGUAA